AUGACUGGAUCAUGGGACAAAACGUUACGGUUUUGGGAUAUGAGGCAGUUACCCACUCAAUCUUCGUUAACGAAUAUAACGCUCCCAGAGCGAGUAUACUGUGCUGAUGUGUUAUAUCCCAUGGCUGCAGUGGGCUUAGCAAAUCGCCACAUAAAGGUGUACAAUUUGGAAAAUGGACCACAAGAAGUGAAAAAUAUAGAAAGCCAGUUAAAGUUCCAGCACCGAUGCGUAUCGAUUUUCAAAGACAAAACAAAUUCGAUGCCUUGCGGUUUUGCUGUUGGAUCUAUAGAAGGUUAG